CGCGGUAAGCCAGCAGCUCCCCCAGAUCACAGCUUCUGGUCUCAAGAACGGGCCAUUGAAACAACGGAGCCUCACAAGGCAGGCAGGCAUGUAUUCGACUCGCAGCGAAUCAAACUCGGCCUGGCUCGCACCUGCAGCCUGCAGCCUGCAGAGCCUGCGUCGUCGGCAAGGCGUCCCGAGGCAGUUGACACGGCGAGAUGCGAGAUGGCGGCUCUUAACAAGAGAUAAUAAGGAAGCUGCGGCUGUCUGGAGUCGCAGUGUUUCUCAGACUCCCGCUUCUCGUGUUUCUGGUUUCUGCUGCAUCUGCUGCAGUCCUCGACGGCUCGUCCAGGGGUCUCUUGGAUCUACUACUGCGUACAGCUUCGGUCAAACAGUUCAAACACCACCCCGGCCUGUCGAAGCCAUAACCCCCCUGGCGUUUGAACGUCCUCUCACACUCCCACCAACCACCCUGUCACCUGCACUGCGCAGUUGGGAGCUGUCAGGCCGUGCCUACAUCUCCCCUGGCGAGCUGGCGGGUGGUUCGCCUCAAGACCUAAAACCAAGCCUCGGAUCGAGUGGGUGUGUGUGUGUGUGUGGGUGAAUCGCCACUUCGUCAUAACCAUCUUAAACCUCGGGUGGUUGCUGCUUUGGAUGCCACCAGCUCUCCUUCUCGUGUUAACUUUCUGCCUGUCCACCUGACAGCCACUGCGUUUCGACAUUGAGCUUGGUCCCCUUUCACCCGCAUACCUGGGAUUCCGCGCCGGACGCCGUCUUCUCGCCUUUUCGUCCGGUCAGCAUCGAAGUCGCGAUUGGUGGUCCGAGACUCACGCAGCGUCCACUCGUCCCAUCGGUCCAAUUUCUUCGGCUCGCCUGCGGCAAUCGACAUUGACAGUCUUGGAGCCCCCGCCCUGAUCUCACCACGCACGACGGUCACGCGAAGAGUGGUGUUGGCUCAGACGACCAGGGAGGCUGGGUGACGGGCUGUUGCUGCUGAGCCCUGAUAAACCCUCUCCUGGUGUGUGUGUUUCGACUAGCAAGGCUUGGUGACGAUCGACAGCUAUCAAAACUGCCAGCUGGAACAGUUGACAUCUUAAUUGAAGGAUUCUUGGCUUAACAUCCGCAUUGACCGGGAAAGGUCUCCCACGCUCUGCCGGUCUUAUUCAGUCGUCUUCGGGCAGUGCCCAUCACCGCGAAGCUAGUACACAUCACCUCAUCUUUCACCACGGCCUGACACAUAACGAGUUUCGGCCAACUACCCGGCGCCCACACGCACGCACUGACCCGGUUCGUCACGGGUGACGAGCAAUCCCGGCCUUGUGUCUUACAAAGAUCUUAUUGUUUGGUCCGGCAGACUACAAGACCAUUUGGCCCUGCUGCCGGCACUCAAUCCCACCCUCAGCUCUCGUCCCUGUAACACAUGGCCCCGGGGCCUAUUUUGUGGGAUGGAAUCCAGUUCGGCUCGAUGACAACCUCGUGCACCAACAUACUGAGCUGGGAGUCUAGGGAGACAAAGGCAACCCGCAGGAUGGCAGCCCAUGCCCGGGCGAGGCGGAGGCAGCCGUCACAGCUAUGGGGCUUGGCGGCCAUGCUCUCAACGGCAGCGGCCGUCUCCCUCAACGACCUCCAGCCGAUCGCGAAUGGGGUCCUGCCCACGUCGUGCAACAUGGCAUACAACACUCCGUUUAUGGGAUGUACCCAGGCCGAUUUUGCUUCAGGAGAGCGUUGCUCCAGCACAUGCCGGGAUGGCAUCAAGACGGUUGAGGAUGUCGUCAAUGAUGUCUGCGACGAUGUUCCCUCGGUUAGGGAUUCGGUGCUUGACUUUGCACAGCGCAGAGUCUUGCUGUUGCAUACGUGUGACGGGAACGGGGACGACAUCACACUGGCACAGACAACCAGCACGACUGCGAUAAUAGCAACAACCAGCAUAGCGCCUCCGCCUACCAUUGUAGUGCCGCCGCCACCACCACCGCCACUGACCACCAGCAUCGCUGCGCCGCCCACCGUCGCCCCGUCAAUCCCCGUUAUUUUUACACCUCCUGCUUUGAGCUCAACCUCGAGGAGCCUUGGCUCGUUCACGAUAAUACCGACACCUGAGCCACCGGUUACCUCCAACACUCUGGUUGUUCCGCCGGUACAGUCCACAGAUACAGCCACCUCUGUCAUCACCACCGUAAUUCCACCGCUGCCGACAACUUCUGCCACGACAUCGCAGUUAUUGCCACCCCCUCCGAGUGAUACACAAACGAGUUCGCAAACAGUGACACAGUCAUCAAGCACUUUUACGACGAGUGCCACCGCGGAACCAUCGUCUCAAGAUGAUGGAGGUGGCCGGGGUCAGGGCCGGGGCGGGGGGAGCCCAUUCGACGCUCAAGUCUCACUGUCUUCGAGACUCUAUUGUGCAAAUCUGCCUCUCUGCCUCACCGUUGGUGCUAUGCUUAUCGGUUUUAUGGUCCGAUAGAAGGCAUGGCCUGGUCCCUGAAGAUGCAGGGCCAAUUGAUAUUUUGAAGAUGGGAGCGAACAAGACCCUCGUGUCUCGUGUGUUUAUACCAGCGCCAGGAGUUUUGGGAGUCUCAUUUGUCCAGGUUUAUUUAUGACGACAACGACGACGACGACGAAUUGGAGAGGUUAUUGCAGUGUCGUCAGCAUCAUUCAAGAGCUGAUUUGUCAUUUUUGGAAGGAUCGUCUCUCGAGACCUGCAUUGGCGGCAAAAACUGG